AGGGAGUGUGAGCACAGACAGAGGGCCCUUUCUUACACAGGGUGGGCAGGGCAGGGAGAAGUGACUGCCUUGAGAGAGUGACACACACAGGGAGAGAGGAAGAGAGAGAGAGGCAGAAAGAGCGUAAUUCAAUACAGACCAAGUAUGGGGCAAAAUUGAGAGCUUAGAGUAUAUCAGCAAUAAGCAGCAGCAGAUAUUGAAGAGGAUAUACAAGGAAGAGGAAAGGAGGAAGAGGAGCUUUACUGGCCUGGACUUCUGAAGUGUUUGCCGAAAAUCUCUCAGAGCCAGAGGAGAGUGGAUUAAAAUAGACAGGAGACUUCAGAGGACCUGAGGUAGAAUCCCCAAAUCCCAAAAGAGGGACACAAACAAACUACUCUGAGAGGCAGACUCCAUAGACCUUCCCAUCGCAGCAAGGAAAGAUUGGAAUCAUUACAGCAACUGAAGGAUUUCAAAGGAAAACGUCCAUCUCGCAUAAAACAAUUCAUCUUUGGUCUUCAAACUUUCUUAAAUAAUGCUUCGGUCUUUAAACCCCCAGACAAGGAACUUAAGGAAGGAGGGGAGGAUAAAGAGAUUCUCCCUGCAUCAAUGAAUUUUCCAGUCUCUUGCUAUCCCCCCUUGGCAUGUGCUACUAUAUCAGCAACAUCUUCACUAUCAAGAGUUCACAAGCACUAAUUCAGGGUCAAAUCACCAUAGAAACAAUCCCCUUCCUGGUAACAGCGACACCCUUGGCUGACUAAUUCAAUAAUCUAUCCUUGUUUGCUAUUGUGGUUGGCUUCUUCAAUAGAUGACCCUCAAAAGGAGUUGCUAAGACACUCACUGUCAGUGAACCAUGAAGGAAGACAUCUUGGAUUUUUUCAGUAACUUGUGGAAGGUGGCCACCACCAAGCAUGACCAGGGGAUCUACAAUACAGUCUGCCUGGUGGUGCUGCUAGCCCUGCCUAUGGUGGUGCUCUUCACUUCUCUGGUGGUGUGCUGCCACUGCUGCUGCUGUCGCCGGGCCAACUCCACUGGUUGCUGCGGAGACAGCCCAAGUUCAGACACAGCAAAAUCAGACAAAAAGAAGAAGAAGAGUCCCAAAAAUGAGGACUUGUGGAUCUCGGUCAAAACAGGACCUAUGACACAAGACAGGGUUGCCCUGACGAUGGUGUAGUAGUUGCGACUGAUGUUCAGAUAAGGUUUCAUUCUUCUGUAUUUAUAUGGAGCUCUUUUUUACUGCAAGGUACAGGUACAUAAUGCCGGGCAAGGCCAGGCCUUAGCUUUCUAAAGGCCCUAAGCGAUAUUUGUUUUUAAGUUUUAAAGUUAAUUUCCUGCAAUUCUACACAUUUUGCCAUGGGGUGUACAGAACAUGUUGCAGUUUUAAAUCACCUUUUUCCAGUUCUACACAUUUUGCCAUGGCGCAGAAAGAACUUUUGCAAUUUUAUAACAAAUUUCAUGCCAUUCUACACAUUUUGCCAUGGGGUAGAGAUACAUUUUAUGACCGUUUGAAAGCAACUUUCCUGCAAUUCGACAUAUUUUGCCAUGAUUUAAUGAUACCUGAGUGACAGUGACGAACAAAGUCAAUGAGGGCCCCAUGGAGGUCAGGGGCCCUAGGCACGUGAACUGCGUGCCCAGUCGGUAUUCAGCCAUAAUUAUGCCUGGAGCCGGCACUGGUGUUCAAUAUGCUCCAUAGAAACUCUUGAAAGAGACUAAAAGAGCCAAUAAUAUGUGAUUGAUUGUGUGUGUGCGUGCAUGCAUAUGUGUGCCUGUGCAUAUGCAUGUACAUGUUACUCUCAAACUCAACUCUGUGCCUUGAAGCUAGUUCCACAGCAUUUUUUGUAUGUUUCCUUCUAAUCACAGACUGAUUUAGACCUGAGACACCAGGUGUGUGCAAUUAGCGAUCAGGUAGAACAGAAAACCAGCAGGCUCCAGACCUCAAAGGGUAAGAGUUGAAUACCCCUGUGUUAGAGUGUGCACUCAACCAGAAGGUUGAGGACUGCUUUUUAUUUCCAAUGCUGGAGGCCAGCAAUCUAGUAUUGUGAUUCGGUUAGAAAGAUCAUGUUUUUUAUAGGUUAGACCAUUUCAAGUUCAAAGCACUUGCAGUUAUUGCACUUACAACGUGAACAAUGUGAACUUAUGUAACUACUUUGAAAUCUUUUGCUGUAUCUGCUAUAUCCACUAAAUGGAGAUCUCAAUUCCAUUCAUGAGUUGACUAUCAAUCGCUGAAUUUAAUAGAACAAAGUGAAGCACUGAGAUCUUUCAUUUACAUUCCCGUAGAGUAUGCUAAAGCUCAGUAUUGUUGAUGAAUGACUGUUCCUACCCAACAGUUCCAUGUGUUACGUUACCUUAUGCUCACAUUGCCAUGUGUACUGUCUUGCACUGUCCCUAUUGGUUCAUAAAAUCAUUAUGUGUUAUUAUUAUUAUCUCCAGGCUCUCAGACUUUGGGGUGCUAAGUGGAUCCUUCUUACAUCUUUAUCCCUCAGUGCCAAUAGCCAUCAUUUCACAUGUAGUGAUAUUUACUGGCAUAUCACAGUUGAGGUACUAUGCCGUCAUUCAGUAUUUUCUACACCAUUUUGGCGCGGCAGGUAGCCUAGAGGUUAGAGUGUUGGGCCAGUAGCCGAAAGGUUGCUAGUUCAAAUCCCUGACCUGACAAGGUAGAAAUAUGUUGUUCUGCCCCUGAACAAGGCAGUUAACCCACUGUUCCUAGGCUGUCAUUGUAAAUAAGAUUUUGUUCUUAACUGACUUGCCUAGUUAAAUAAAAUAAUAAUGUAUGCAAAUAGAAGUUUAUAAUUGAUUUACAAAUCCGGUAACAAAUCAGUUUCAUUUGUUAUUUUUUUAUUAUCCCUGUUUUAAGAUCCUUAUUUUGUGCCUAAUAGGCUUCUGUAUUAGUUAUUCACUAAACUUUGAUCGAGCCAAAUUAUGCAUUAGAACAUACAGGUAACUGACAAGAUAAAGGAAACACCAACAUAAAUAGGGCGUUGGGCCACCACAAGCAGCAAGAACAGUUUCAAGGUGCUGUAGCAUAGAUUCUACAGUCUGGAACUCCAUUGGAGGGACACAACACCGUUUUCCCACAAUAAAUUCCAUAAUUUGGUGUUUUGUUCAUGGUGGUGGAAAACUCUGUCUCAGGCAUGAUCUGGUGAAUGAGACAUGCAUGCAUGCACACACACGCACACACACGCACACACACACACACACACACACACACACACACACACACACACACACACACACACACACACACACACGCACACUUUAAACCCCCCUAAGCUCCUUUGAGACCCCUCUUUCAAAGUCAAUGAGAUUUCUUCUUCUAGUCAUGCCAAAACAAUGGGAAACUGGGCAUUUUACAUAUGACCCUAAGCAUGAUGGGAUGUUAACUGCUUAAUUAACUCAGGAACCACACCUGCGUAAAAGUACUUGCUUUCAAUAUAAUUGGUAUCACUCAUGCAGGGCUCUAUUCAAUCAGAUCCGCUUUAGCCGACAUCCAGAUAGCGGUUGUUUUGACGUGUCAGAGGUGGAACUGUGUUACAGCUGUCAAAUCCACACGCGGCUCCUGGCAUUAUAGCCUACCUAAAGGGGACAUUGCCAUUGACUACACGGAGUCGCAUUAAGAUAAAUCUCCUGCAGCCUUGUUUGCAGGUUUGAACACUGGAAUGUGAGAUGUAAUCUACACCUCGAUUAGGCUGAUAGAAAUCCUCAUUACUUUAAUGAUUUUUGAUUUGAACAUCAUUAUUACUGUAUAGCCUACACUCUCGUUUUGAACUUUUAAUGCAAGGGUGAUUGAUGGGUUACAAUGAUCAAGAGCAGCUGCUCUCCAAUUUGACAUCUCCAACGCAGUUACAGCUUCGACACCGCCAGAACAUCAGUAAUGAGGGUGGCGGCUAUCGCCAGUUAAUGCUUGAUCUGAUUGAGUCUAGGCCUUACUCAAGUGUUUCCUUUAUUUUGUCAGUUACCUAUAUAUUCUGUCUGUUUGUCAUCACACAAGAAAUCGCUGAGGUGAUACAUUUUCGAGUUAUGAGCUCAGGCCACACUGGCGGCUGCAUGAAUCAUUUAUCCUGUCAUUUGAUUUUACAAAACAGCUGGAGAAAAGAGGGACAAAAUAAAGUAUUUUUGUAGCUUUGUU